UCAUAAGGCCACAAUCUCUCUUCCUUUUAGAAGUGAUUGCAUUUUUAAUGAUGGUUAUAUUAAGAAUAGUGGUUGCCCAAGAUGAUUAUGAAGAAAUGUUAUCACCUGACUAUCUAGAGAUAACUGAAGUUCCUGACGGCCCUGAUGGUCCUUCUCAAUUAGAUGAUAGCAUGAAGCUCAAUCCCAAUGACUUCGAUGUUGUCAUGCUUGAGACACACACCAAGAGAGUCCUCCAGGCUUCCAACACCACCUCCACUGCUGCUGGUAAUGGAACUGUUAACAUCGAGCCUUUCAAAAUGUACACAGUGACUGUGACUUCAAGAGCCUCGAACAGCGCUCUCAGAAACAACGGAGAAGACAAGUUCUACGUCCGGAUUCAGAAUGAGUGCACCUACUCCAACCAGACGACCUGCACGGAAGUGGGCGGGGCGGCCAACACAGUGCCGACUCCGUACGAAGGACUGAUGACAUACAACGGAGACUCCACUUAUUCGUACAACUACACUCUCAGUGUGACUGGCAAGAUAUCUGUGACGGUGUUUCUCAGGAACACUGGCAGAGUCAUGGUUGAGUGGCACAGGAAUCAAUAUCUAUCAAAUUUUUAUUCAAAUGCAGAAACCACACAAAUCAGCUUUAAUUGGGGAUCUGGUUACCCUUGAUGUGGAAGAUAUGAUUAUGUAAGCGCAAAGUUUAGAACAUAUCUGCGUCCAAACAUCUCAGGAACUUAUAGUAUUUAUACUUACUCAGAUAGAGGAGCUAGAAUUUAUGUUGAAGGAGCUACAAAGAUGGAUUAUUGGAACACUAAUUAUAAUGGAGUCAGAGGGUUUACUAUGACUUUAACAAAGGAUACGAAUUACUAUAUCACGACUUAUUACCAAGAAACUACAGGCUCUACUUAUUAUUAUUUGCAAUGGAUAGUUCCAGGAACUGGGUCACGUGUCACUAUCCCUUCAGUCAACUAUGUUUGGCCAGAGUUUGUUACAACUGCUCCCUUCACAAUUGAUGUUGCCUGUCCAUCUGGGUAUACCCACACUAAUACAGACCACCCCAACGAAUGCUACCCUGUGUGUGGAGACAGCAUGAGGGUCGGAGCCGAAGUCUGUGAUGAUGGAAACACUCGCUCCAACGAUGGAUGUGCCGAAGACUGCCUCUCAGUAGAGACCAACUGUACAUGAACAGGCGGAAGCGCCUCACAAGCCGACUACUGCUCUUGCCUGACCAGCUUCGUGAACGAAACAGUGGUCGAAGAAUAUUCCACUGCUUCCAAAGUGAUGGUCUUUGCAGUCUUCGGAGUGUUCACCUCUGUGUCAGUCGCCGCAAUCGUAGUUACCGUUAUUGUGGAACUGAGACAGCCAAUUCAGUACUCUCAGAUCCAGCAGAGAAGCAUCCGAGUCACACAGAAAGUCAAGGCGGACGCUCAGAAGAAGAUCGAAGCAGACAGAAGGAAGAGAAGUACCAGAUACGAAGCUUAAGGAGACAUUAUCAAAUGUUAUAAGUUU